GAUCUACAAAAAUGGCGACGCAUAUAACGCGAGGGGAACUCCCGAGUUUGAGCUCAAGAAGUUAAGGUUUAGACAAUUAUUUACAAUGAAUGAAGUAGACGACGCUAGUUCUAUGAAGGAAGAGGGAGAAUUAUCUGACGAGGAAGAAUAUGAUGACUCUAGACGUGACCGAAAUUUUGACAGAAAAAAUAGACAUUUAGAACCCCCGAGAAGGGAUAGGCAGAGAAGUCCACCAUCUUGGUCAAGAUGCACUAGACAGUCCGACGAGUUAGAUUAUCGUUACAGGCAUGGAAGAGAUGAAGUGGGGUUUUGGGCACCACCGGUUGGCAUGUGUCCACCACCACCACCUCGUCCCCCCAUGCACUUCUAUGACAGUUUACCCAGACCUCAUGCUCCACUGCCAGGUAGCCCCCGAAGCUUGAGGAUUCACCCGUUAGAUUAUGGAAGAGAUAGACCGCCCCAUCGUGCUGACGAUUUUAGGGACUCCUACCCUUCAUCAUAUCAAUCUAGGAAAAACUGGAGAUUCAAUAUUCGUCAGGGACCAGAAAAAUUUAAAAGAAGAAACCAGGAUUCUGAUGAGGGAAACUUUGAGGAGCUGCUGGAGAAAUAUCGCACAAUACAGAAGCAGCUUGAAAACCUGGAAGAGGAGGAAGGGGAGACAACUAGCACUGGUUCUCUCACUGCAGGCUCCGAGAAGCCAAAGGAGCAGAGUGUCAAGGAUGGCAAGACAGGGGAGGGGCCAGCUAAGAACACUGACCAGGCAGGGGGGGUCAUCGUUAUUGACGCCUCGCCAGAAAAGGUUGAGAAGAAUGCUGACAGCCUUGAAAAUUCAGGGAAAAAAGAACAGGGUGUGGAAGAGGAAGAAGAGGAGUUGGAUUUGGAUGAGCUGAGGAAGAUUGCUCUAGCUUCAGCUGGGGCUCGAGCCAACAAGACAACCAGUAAAGCAGAACCCAACAAAACACCGCCCGUAAAUGGGGGUCCAGGAAAGAAGGUCAGCCCUAAGUCUUCAGGAAGUAGGAACACGAAAAGUCAGAGCUCUCGAGUCAGAGACACCCCACGGAGACAGAUACAGACCCGGUCCAGUGAUAGAUCAGAUCGGAGGCGAUCUGUGUCAGGAAAAGAUAGUCAACCUUCUAGGUCACCUAGAAAAGUUCAACAAAGGCGAUCCAAAAGUAACGACAGAAAAAAGACACUGGCGAAAAAAGACAAUGAGUUUGAAAAACAAGAAAUUGAGCGUAUACUCUCCCUGACGGAUACUGAUGAAAAGAUUGCUCGAUUCCUUCAGCUGAUUAACCACAGGAGCAAGUUGAAGGCCAAGGCUACAGGAAGCAAGUCCUUGGAGGUGAAGGCCAACAGUGUGCAGCUGCAGGACAACUACGAGGAGGUGGAGAUGGAGAUUGACAGCAGCGAGGAGUCCAACAUGGCCAACAUGGAGGGCGGUGUGGGGCUGGAGGAGUUCCAGUCAGACCCAGACUUUCAUAUCGCAAUGAAACCAGUGACUUUAGAGCUACCGGAUCCUGUCCUACUUCCGUCAUUCUAUGGCCAGCUUCCACAGCAGUGGCUUCCACAAGGUCAGGAGCUCCCGUUCAUGGUGCCCCCACCCCCGCCCCCUCCCAUCACCAUGGGUCCAAUCCCUCCCCCUCCCCUGCCAGCUGACCCACCCCCUCCCGUGCCCCCGCCUCCAGAAGCCCCUCCCCUCCCUGAAGGUCCUCCUCCCCCUGAAGAUGGGAUGGCGCCUCAACCUCCACCUCCCCCUCCACCGGUUGUUGAUGCAGAGGAAGAGGGAGAUGAGGCUGCGUUAUUGCGAGCACAGUUGUUGAAGUCAUUGGCGAUGAAGAAAAAGCAAGCAUCUGUUGAGCCUCAGGCACCAACUCCUCCAGUGAAGCCGGCCAGUAACGAAGCAUCGCCGUCCACCUCUCGCAGCCAGUCUCCGUCUCUGCAUGUCCUCACCACACACAAAACCAACAAACCAGCCAAGAAACAAGCUCCAUCCAUCUUCACUCCUCUGCCUGUACAUAAACCAGUGGUGAUUCCGCUAGAGAACUCGUCUGAUGAAGACGAGACUCCAUCACCUGUCCGCAUCAACCCCAUGUCCUUUCUUCUGGGAGAUCUGGACAGUUUCCUCAAGGCUGCUCGCAAGUCAGUGGAGGAGAAUGAUACCAAGGCCAGUACGGACAAGCCACGGGAGACGAAGAUGCAGCAGGUGAUGAAGAUCCAGGAGAUCCAGCAGUGCGAGGCCAAUCUUACCCGUCAGAGGCAAGCCAUCAUCAAAGAUCAGGCCAACCUCAAGAUGCUGAUCACAAGGGCUUCCAAGUAUUUGCGGAGUGCACGCCUUGCUGAGGUCAAAGUUGAACAGCUGAAGGAGCAGCUGACAGCUGCGGAGAAGAUUGUGGUGGCAAAUAAACAACAGCUGGAGAAGACGAAGUCACAGGCUAAAAGUGUAAAGGAUCGACUGUUGGAUAAAAAAGAGAAGUUCAAGGAAGCUGAACAGAAUGUAUUUAACCUUGGAAAAGCAUUUUAUGGACCCAACUAUAAACCAAGAGUGGUCACUGUGGAAACAGGAGACAAGAAGAAGGGAGAUAAUCUGUCUGUAACUGUUUUCAAUGAGAUGUCUGUUAAAAAGAAAAAGAUCACUACAGCAACAAAAGAAAACGCACCCCCAACAAAACCACCUCCAACAAAACCACCUCAGAAGAAACCUGCCGAGUUUAUUGCCAAAGAGAAAGAGAGGUUGAAAAAACUGGAAAAGGAGUAUGCAGAGAAGAUCCGGCGUCUGAAGGAAGCUCAGGGUAUAUCUGUAGUCAAGGACCAGGAACCUAAAGCUAAGUCUCCCGUGUUAAAGAAGACAAAAACGGAACAUUUGACACAGGAUCUUGAAAAAAUUCGUCUGGAUUCUGAAGAUGUACCUGACAUUGUUGACAAUAAACCCAGGAGACGUUCACUGAUUGAACUGAAUCCCAGCAAUAAACCAAACAUACCUUUGUCUUCCACUGAGAAAGAUAUCAAAAUUCUGAACGGAGAAAAGUGCAAAGAAGACCCACAAAGGCCAGCAUUUGUUAUGCCGACUGGGCAGCAGUUGGCAAACCUGAGGAAGCUGCAGAAUGAGAAGAUGGAGAGGAUAUUAAAAAUCCAGAAAUCCACGACAACAAGUUGGUGCCGCCGUGUCGGGGCAUACACAGCACUCAUGGCACAGCUGAAGGAGAUACCGAAGCUGAAGAUUUCUAAGAAGGGAAAUGCCAAAUCAAAUGGUGACAAGAACAGGCAGAUUGAUCUCACCUACAAAAGUCCCCUACUGUCUUUCAGAGCGUAUAGGUUCAGUCCAUACUACAGGACCAAAUCCAACAAAACCAUAUCCUCCAUCACAUACUCCAACAAGAUCAACCCAAGGAAGAUCUUGUGUACCUACGACCUCCAUGGCCGCUGUAACGAUGACAAGUGUACUGGCCAACACGAGCGAGACUUCAAGUUGUCAGAACGAGAGGUGCUUGUGGAUUUGUUGUCCUACUGUCCCAAACUGGCCGGGGUCAAGGACACUUCUUCACAAGACUGUGCCAAGUCUAUAGGUACUUACAUAGAUAAUCUAGUCCGUCAACACGAGGGUCAGAUGACCUCUGAUCAGUUGUGUCUCCUGCUUGCAUCCAGAGUCACAGAAGAAGCCAACAAAAACCGUCCACAUACCAUGUUCUUUGAUCCUCGGAUAUGGAAACCUGCCCAGGACCAACCAGAGAGACAGGAAACAGUGUCAGAGUUCAAGGGCAAAGGGUCAAGGUCGUUAGAAUUUCUGAACAAUCCAAGUCCACCUGACCGAGACAACAUCUUGUGUGACGAGGAUGUACGCUACUAUGGUGGCAAUAACACUGAAAUCCAAACAAUGGAGACGGCUGUGAUGGAGAACCCUCAGGAUGUUCCGUUGUGGCUGAAACUGGCCCAGAGGAAGCUGGGAGCAGACAACUCUUCAGAAGCCAACUUGGACCAGGCCCUGAACGUGUUGGCACGUGGACUGGAGUCAAACAAGGACAGUGCGGUCUUGUGGCACCGAUAUCUGUCUCUGUAUCAGUACCAUCGGGAUGCUGGAGACCUCCCUCAACUCUGCCAGAUGGCUCUGCAGCAUGCUCCCUCAUACCAAAUAUGGCAAUUGUAUGCUGAGACUGUUAGCAACUUCCAGAGGAGGGAUGAGAUUUGUGAGAAGACCCUGGAGUUCCUGAGGACCAGAUCCACAGAUAUCCCUGUGAGCAGACAGUCACACCAGAUCCUGGAAACACUGUUGUACAAGACAACUCUAGUUGUGCAGUCGGGGAGGUACAAGACUGGACUCACAUACUUACAGACUGUCCUGAAGAAGUCCGGUGAAGAUGGUCUGUUGCUGCUUCUGGAGCCAGAAGAUCGGUGCGUCCUGUGGAUCUCCUACAUCCACCUCCUGGAGUUCCAUCAGCUGCCCCAGCAGCUCUUUGACCCGGCCAACCAGAACCCAGGCAAAGUCCUGUCCAAGACCAGCUUAUGGAUCUCGUGGGAGAUGAAGGAUGAGCUGAUAACACCACUGCAGUCUCUGGUGGGCAACUUCUGGGACGGUGUAGAAGCAUGUGGGGGCGUGCAGAACCAACACUGUGUGCCCCUCCUUCAGAGUCUGGUGCACCUACUCAAGUCUCAGUCAAGAGAUAAGCCAAGAUGGGAGGAUGCCUGCUCUACAUGUCGUAAAAUCCUGGAGUUGAACCCGGACCUGGUUGACAUCUGGCUGUUGGCUGGCGACCUGUACGCUGCGUGCAAGGAGCUGGAAGGAACUAGACAUAUAUUCAACGAAGCAACAUCGGCGCACCCCUUCAGUGCCAAGCUCCACUUCUACAUGGCCAACUUUGAGCUGUCUCAGGGGAGUGUCGACCGGGCCCUAGAGUCUCUCGAGCAAUUUGUCAUCCGCCACUUUGAUGUGGACAUGAAUGAUCCUGGCUCCUGUGAUCCCAACAAGCUCUUCUGCACCCUGUUGGGCCUGCCAGCACCUUUCAAGAGUAAGCCACCGGUGUUGAAGAAAGAAGUUAAUGGACAUGUAGAAGCAAACAAGUUAUACUACUGGCUGACAUACAGCGUGCUGCUGGAGCUGCAGGGAGACACCCGGGAGUGUGUGGAGGUGUUUGAGACAGUGUUGUCAUCUUGCUACAAGGCAGAGGACCUCAAAACUCUCUGGAUCAAUUACCUGGAAUACCAUCACCGGCAACUAGAGGGUGCAGUGAGCAGUGAUGUGCGCCUGCGUGAGGUAUUUGACUUGAUGGUACGGAGUUUGUCAACUGUUCCCACCAAGUUCCCCGUCCCCUUCUCAGAUGAUGGUGCUACCUGGAGGGACUAUCGUCAGGUCAACAAGAUGAUCCACACGUACCUCACCAUGAUGUCCAGAGAGGAAAGACUGGCUGCUCUGGAGAAGUUUGUCGAAAUAAUGCCUUCAAAUGUUGACCUCGUCAUUAGGAGUGUGGAGGAGGCAGUGCUUGGGAAGGAGUACCAGCGUGCCCGCAGUCUCUACAACACACUGCUGUGGGAAGGAGUGGCCAGUGUCCAUCUGUGGAAGAUGGUACUUGGUCUUGCUCAGAGGCAGGGAUCUGUGAAAGAGAUGGAGAAGCUCUACGUGAAGGCUGUGCGAGCUCUGCCUAUGGCAGUGACUAUGUGGAAAGAUUUCCUGCUGUUCGAGGUGACGGAAGGAAGUCAGGCGACGGUUCAACAGAUUCUAGCUCACUGCACCAGCAUUGGGCUGAACAUCGCUGGAUUUGUGGCAACAAUAUCACCUUCUCAGUGAGAGCUACAAAUAGCUGGCCAUGUUGGAACUACGGGACCUUUCACCCCUUGAACCUGGAGGUCUGUGUAUUGACCUUGGGCCAGUAUCAUGACCUUCAAACAAGGUCAAACCCAUAGCACUCAUGAGUUCGUCAUUUGUACUUCUCUCUUAUGGAGACAGUAUCGCAGUGAGUAUUUUGAUGCCUUGACAUGGGAGAAGUACUAUAGUCAGUUGAAACAAUUGUUCUUAUAUCAUUAAAAGAUAAUUGGUAUUCAUUGGUUCCAUGAAACUGAAGUGUUGCCAGAAAUGAAUAAGAGUAACUUU